GCUGCAGCAUCACCGUUUAUAUAAAUAUAUUCUAGGUUAUAAUAUGGCAUUGAGAAGAGACUUGGUCACCACUGUUUUAUUCAGAUGUGUUAUCAUUUUCAGCACCACGCUACAUCCUGUCGUCGCUUACCUCUACAACAACCGCUAUGUCGGCGAUCAAGUGUUCAGAAUAAUUCCUAGGAGCAACUCUGAGGUUCAAGAAGUCAAACAGCUUUUCCAAAACCAGACGGUGGACCUUUGGCAGCCCAAUGGUGCAUCUCUGAUUCGAGAGAACAGCUCAGUAGACAUUCAUGUGGGCCAGAACAAAACACAGUGGCUGAGAAGACAUCUUCACCAGGCACAUAUCCACUAUGAGGUGCUUAUUUCCAAUCUCCAAGCAGAAAUUGAGAAACAAACCGGAUACAGGUCAUCCAGGAUGCGUAGAUCGGAAUUCCAAUAUGACUAUGAAGUGUACCAUCCCUUGGAGGAAAUCCAGAGUUGGAUGUUUGAGAUGAACCGGACACACCCACACCUGCUAGACAUGUUUUCUAUUGGACGGUCCUAUGAGGGACGGCCCCUCUAUGUGCUCCAGUUAGGAAAGAGAACACGGCCCUAUAAGAAGUCAGUAUGGAUAGACUGUGGAGUGCAUGCAAGAGAAUGGAUUGGUCCAGCUUUCUGCCAGUGGUUUGUGAAGGAGGCUCUGAACUCCUAUCAACACGACACCAGCAUGAGACGACUGAUGAAUCAGCUCAAUUUCUAUAUUAUGCCUGUCUUCAAUGUGGAUGGUUACCAUUACAGCUGGAAGACAGAUCGCUUUUGGCGGAAAACCCGUUCAAAGAUUCCAAAGUAUCACUGUCGGGGAGUUGAUGCCAACCGAAACUGGAAAGUAAAAUGGUGUGAUGAGGGUGCGUCCCUACACCCCUGCGAUGACACAUAUUGUGGUCCAUUCCCUGAGUCAGAGCCCGAGGUCAAAGCCGUUGCCAAGUUUCUACGCAAACACAGGAAACAAGUCAAGGCCUACAUCUCUAUCCAUGCCUAUGCUCAGAUGCUCCUUUAUCCGUAUUCCUACAAAUAUGCUACUAUUCCGAACUUCAACUGUGUGGAAUCAGCUGCCCAGAAUGCAGUGAGUGCUCUUUACUCAGCUUAUGGAGUGAGAUACAGAUAUGGCCCUGCCUCCACUACACUUUAUGUGAGUUCUGGAAGCUCAAUAGACUGGGCCUAUAAGAAUGGGAUUCCAUAUGCUUUUGCCUUUGAGUUGCGUGACAAGGGCUACUAUGGCUUCCUGUUGCCUGAAGCCCUGAUUAAUCCCACCUGCACAGAGACAAUGAGAGCUGUAAAGACCAUUGCCUCAGAUCUGUUGAAGAAAUGUAUCAAAUGAUUUAACUUUUACUUACCUUUCACUUUCUCUGCCAGCUCUCUUCUAAUCUAUACCCCAGUAUAGCCCAUAAGCCAUAGCAAAAUGUCCAAAUUAGCAAUUUACAAAUGUGUCAAUAUAUUAUUUUACAUGUUCAGUAGCCCCAAAAGUAUCUGGACCCUUGAGCCAACCUUGAAAUGUACAAAUGUUUUUCAUUAUAUAACAAAAUAUGAAACCAAGUGACAUUUAUUUUACAUAAAAAUAGCACAGACACUCUUUGCAAGCAAAUUAUUUCACAAAAAUAAGUUUAUUAGGUUUGGAGGGUAAACAAUAGAUGUAUUGUUCAAAAUGAAAAGUAACACUUGCUGCUAAAAAUAAAUUAAGUAAAAAUAUAAUUUGGUUAAA